AUGCAUUGGAAUGAUUCAUCCAAUUCCUCAGAAAGUGACAAUGAAGCUCAUUCAGCCUUUACACAGACUGAGCACAACAUAGUUGCAGCUUACUUAAUAACAGCAGGAGUGAUAAGCAUUUUCAGUAACAUUGUUGUGUUAGGCAUCUUUGUUAAGUACAAAGAGCUUCGAACAGCAACCAACGCAAUUAUUAUCAACUUGGCUUUUACUGAUAUUGGUGUUAGCGGCAUUGGUUACCCCAUGUCUGCUGCCUCAGACCUGCAUGGAAGCUGGAAAUUUGGAUAUACUGGAUGCCAGAUCUAUGCUGCCUUAAAUAUCUUUUUUGGGAUGGCGAGUAUUGGUUUGCUCACUGUUGUUGCAGUUGACCGUUAUCUGACAAUCUGCAGGCCUGAUAUAGGAAGAAGAAUGACUACCCGUAGCUAUGCCACUCUAAUCCUUGCUGCUUGGAUAAAUGCAGUCUUUUGGGCUUCCAUGCCUACUGUAGGCUGGGCUAGCUACGCUCCGGAUCCGACUGGAGCAACAUGCACAGUAAAUUGGAGGAAAAAUGAUGUGUCCUUUGUUUCCUACACAAUGAGUGUAAUUGCUGUUAAUUUUGUUGUACCCUUAACAGUCAUGUUUUACUGUUAUUACAAUGUUUCCCGGACAAUGAAACAAUAUGCCAGCAGUAACUGCCUGGAGAGCAUCAACGUAGAUUGGUCUGACCAAGUAGAUGUGACAAAGAUGUCUGUUGUGAUGAUUGUAAUGUUCUUGGUGGCAUGGUCUCCGUAUUCUAUUGUGUGUUUAUGGUCUUCCUUUGGAGACCCAAAGAAAAUUUCGCCUGCAAUGGCCAUCAUAGCUCCUCUAUUCGCAAAAUCUUCCACAUUCUAUAAUCCCUGCAUUUAUGUCGUUGCAAACAAAAAAUUUCGGAGGGCAAUCCUGGCAAUGGUGCGAUGUCAGACAAGACAAGAGAUAACUAUAAACAAUGCCUUGCCCAUGAGUGUAUCUCAAAGUGCACUGACAUCGUAG